AUGUCGAACGGAUUCGAGACGCUCUUCGGGGCGUACGACGAUUUAGAAUACGUCGGCGACGCGAACGUGGCGUAUUCGUUCGGCGUGGGGGGACAGUUUAGCGGAGUGCCGAUGCACACGCAUGGGCCGGGGUGGUCGGAGAGUUUGAUCGGGAGGAAGCAUUGGUUCUUGGCGCCGCCGGACGCGACACCGAAUUUCGAUCCCAACGUGACGGCGUACGCGUGGGCGCUGGAGGCGCUGCGCCGGGGGGACGUGCGCGACGGUGAGGGUGGAAUUUUAGAGUGCACGGUGAACGCAGGCGAAUCGAUUUACUUUCCACCGAAUUGGUGGCACGCGACGGUGAAUUUGGACGAGAGUGUCUUUAUAAGUUCUUUCGUAAAUUCAGUACAGCGCGCGCGCGAUGAGUUGUGA